AUGCGCUGGUUAUGCGUUUUGUCUCUGAUUGGUGCGGUUGCCGAAGUGGUUACAGUGCAAAGCGCCUGUCCCGCUCAUACAUUCACAUGUGACGAUGGCUCAUGUAUACCAGAGGAUUGGGUAGGAGACGGCGAGGCGGACUGCGAUGACAGAUCUGACGAAAUUGGACAUGCAGCUGCUAAUAGGACAAAAGAAGCGGAUCCGUUCGACAGCAUUGUCACGACAUCACCGCAUAGCCAGCCGGUUUCUAGUAAAGAACGCUAUCAAACCACUGAAGAACCGAAAGAUUGCCCUUAUGAGCAUCAACUGCGAGUGGAUGAAUGUGCCGAGCCGGUUCUUUUGUUUUUGCAUGACGUUAAUGCUAUCUACUUUGAAAAUUCUAGUCUCCUUGCGGAUAAAGAAACCCAGGUAAAAGUCGAAAAAGGAUGCGAACUAAUGCAGGAGUACACGAUUUGCACGCAAGGUACAUCAGCAGCAUGUACACCGGAUGAAGGUGUACAAGCCUGGCGCGAGGUGGAGAUGUAUGCCUGCCAGCUGCUUAUCCCAGCCGUACGAGAACAUCGUCAGUGCUUUGGUAAACCAAGGCAUAGCAGCUGUGAUGUGAGGUUCGAUCCACUUGCUUCACCAUUUUGUCGUCUAGUAACCUCUGUCACUCAAGAUGUUAACUGCCUUCAAAGACAUCAAGAAGGUUGUACAGAGGCAGCACUUGAGAUGCUCGAGCCUAUUUUGGAGGAAUCCCAGCAGAUUACCUCAUCGCUUAGAUGCCGCCCUCCAGGUGAUGUUCCCGCUCCCGUUCCCACUCCUGGUUCCGCACCCACUCCCGCUUCCACUCCCAGUCCCACUUCUGCUGCCACACGCGAGGAAACGGUUCAACCGACAACUGAUAUGGAAGAGAUUGAAACCACGACCACGACCACUAGCACACCUACUAGUACUACUACAGCACCUCGAACACCACAUCUUGUCACUCUUCCAUCAACAACACGAAGAACAAUUGGACCAGUUGUCCAAGAGACGCUGGCACCACAUGAAGAUUCUACUACAAUAAGGAUGCCUGUGGAAAAUGUAGGACGGGUAGGCGUGAAUAAUCUUUUGACAACUACCAUGAAAAAUACUUUUCACAAAAAAAAUAUCUAUCUACACACUACCUUUUUAGGAGCUUAAGA